GCAUAGCGGUGGCGCCAUCAGUGCAAAUUGAUCCUCUUGUGUGUGGUGUUAUCUUAGACUGCAGAAGUCUCUUCAGAUGGAACCGAUUGAUUCAAUUCGGAGCUUCUGGCAGUGGUUCACAGCACCAGCCACUGAUCCCCACUGCUGGGAUCACUUGACUCAUGCUGAACAGUGAUCCUGAAAGGUUUAAUAGGGAAAACUUGCCUUCUGCAAACAACUGAAAAAACUGCCCUCAGAAACCGUUUCUUUGGCCCUCAUGGAGCAGCUGGAACUUCCACAGUGAGGCCCUGGACAGGACAAGCUCUCUCUCCUGCCACCCGCCCCCCUCCCCCCACCGGCCCGACCCCGAUCAGCCACAGCGGUGGUCGCCAUGGCCAGCAAGAGGAAAUCCACCACCCCGUGUAUGAUCCCGGUGAAGGCGGUGGUGCUGCAGGAGGCCGGUGUGGAGGCCCAGCCGGCUGAGACCUUGCCUGAGGGGCCCCAGCAAGAGCCGCCCCCUGAAGUGCCCGCCGGGGGCAGUGGGGAGGUGACCCAGAUGCCCAGCAGUACCGACGGCACCACACUGGCCAAUGGGCACCGGAGCACUUUAGACGGCUAUUCCUAUUCCUGCAGAUACUGUGACUUCAGAUCCCAGGACAUAACCCAAUUUGUGGGGCACAUGAACUCAGAGCACACAGACUUUAACAAGGACCCAACUUUUGUAUGCACUGAAUGCAGUUUUCUGGCAAAAACUCCUGAGGGGCUUUCUCUGCACAAUGCCAAGUGUCACUCGGGGGAAGCCAGCUUUGUGUGGAAUGUGGCCAAGCCAGACAAUCAUGUAGUUGUGGAGCAGAGUGUCCCCGAGAGCACCUGCACUCCCGACGUCUCGAGUGAGCCCAACACUGAAGGGACCGACGGACAGGCCGAAAUCAUUAUUACCAAAACCCCAAUCAUGAAGAUAAUGAAAGGCAAAGCUGAAGCCAAAAAAAUUCAUACGCUCAAGGAGAACAUCCCCAGUCAGCCUGUCGGUGACGCGGCCUUACCAAACCCGUCGGCAGGGGAGACCGAGGCGAAGGAGGGGGACCACUCCUUUGUCGACGGGGCGGUCCCGGUCGGUCAGCCAGCCGCCGGCUCGGCGAAAGCGCCACACGUGGCCAACGGGCCCCCGAUGGGAGCGGUGCCAGUCCUGCCGGCCGGCCUCGCCCAGUUCCUCCCCCUGCAGCAGCCACCCCCCGGGCGCGCCCAGCACCACCACCAGCCGCCGCCCACAUCCAAGUCCCUCCCCAAGGUGAUGAUCCCCCUGAGCAGCAUCCCCACCUACAACGCGGCCAUGGACUCCAACAGCUUUCUGAAGAACUCGUUCCACAAGUUCCCCUACCCUACCAAAGCCGAGCUCUGCUAUCUGACUGUGGUCACCAAGUAUCCGGAGGAACAGCUCAAGAUCUGGUUCACGGCCCAAAGGCUGAAGCAGGGCAUCAGCUGGUCCCCUGAGGAGAUCGAGGAUGCCCGGAAGAAGAUGUUCAAUACGGUCAUUCAGUCUGUGCCCCAGCCCACGAUCACCGUCCUCAACACGCCCCUGGUUGCCAACGCCGGCGGCGUCCAACACCUCAUCCAGGCCGCCCUCCCAGGCCACGUGGUGGGGCAGCCAGAGGGCACGGCAGGUGGCCUGCUGGUCACUCAGCCACUGAUGGCCAACGGGCUGCAGGCGCCUGGCUCGUCCCUACCGCCGGCAGUCACGUCUGUCCCCAAGCCGCCCGCCGUGGCGCCCAUCAACACGGUGUGCUCCAACACGACGUCGGCUGUGAAGGUGGUGAACGCGGCUCAGUCGCUGCUCACGGCGUGCCCCAGCAUCACCUCCCAGGCCUUCCUCGAUGCCAGCAUCUACAAAAACAAGAAGUCUCAUGAGCAGCUGUCGGCUCUGAAAGGAAGCUUCUGUCGGAACCAGUUCCCGGGCCAGAGCGAGGUGGAGCAUCUGACCAAAGUGACGGGCCUCAGCACCAGAGAGGUGCGCAAGUGGUUCAGCGACCGCAGGUACCACUGCCGGAACCUGAAGGGCUCCAGGCCCGUGCUGCCCGGUGACCAUGGCCCCGUCGUCCUUGACCCCGGGCCAGACACGCCCUUCGCCCCGGCGGCCAAGGCCCCAGAGGGGCCCUGCGUCCCACCGGCGGCCACCCUGGCCGCCCCUCCUUCAGCCAGACGGCAGGCCUGGCACCAGACCCCCGACUUCACGCCGACCAGGUACAAGGAGCGAGCCCCCGAGCAGCUCCGAGCCCUGGAGAGCAGUUUUGCACAAAACCCCCUUCCUCCCGAUGAGGAGCUGGACCGCCUGCGGACUGAAACCAAGAUGACUCGGAGGGAGAUCGACAGCUGGUUCUCGGAGAGACGCAAGAAAGUGAGCGCCGAGGACACCAAGAGGGCCGAUGAGGGCGCCGCUCCGGAGGAGGCGGCGGCGGCUGCGGAGGACGACGUGGGAGAAGAGGAGCUGGCUGGCGACCUGAGGGUCCCUGGCGGAGACGGCUCCCCAGAAGGGGCCGGUGGCCACGCGCUGGCCGAGCGCAAGGUCAGCCCCAUCAAGAUCAACCUCAAGAACCUGCGAGUCACCGAAGCCAACGGCAAGGGCGAGCUCCCAGGGCUGGGUGCCUGCGAGCCUGUGGACGGCGGGCCCGGCGAGCCGGCCGAGCAGCCCCCGGGCAAGGCAAGCUGCAAGAAGACGGCCCAGCAGCGGCACCUGCUGCGGCAGCUCUUCGUGCAGACGCGGUGGCCCAGCAACCAGGACUACGACUCCAUCAUGGCGCAGACCGGCCUGCCGCGGCCCGAGGUGGUGCGCUGGUUCGGGGACAGCAGGUACGCCCUGAAGAACGGCCAGCUCAAGUGGUACGAGGACUACAAGCGGGGCAACUUCCCCCCGGGGCUGCUGGCGGUCGCCCCUGGCAGCCGGGAGCUGCUGCAGGACUACUACCUGAGGCACCAGACGCUCUUCGAGCGGGACCUGCAGAGCCUGUGCGACAAGACCCAGAUGAGCUCCCAGCAGGUCAAGCAGUGGUUCGCUGAGAAGAUGGGCGAGGAGACCCGGGCCGUGGCGGACACCGGCGGCGAGGACCAGGGCGCCGGUGAGCCCGCGGCGGCUCACAGAGGGACUGGUGACGGGUACUCGGAGGUGUCGGAGAACAGUGAGUCGUGGGAGCCCGGAGCCCCCGAGGCCAGCUCGGAGCCCUCUGACGCGCCGAGUCCCCAGGCUGCACUGGAGCUGGAAACGGACUGAAUUUGAACUGAUUACACUGAAGGACUGGCCAGUCUGGGAUGCCGCCUGCCACGUGAAGGGGCUCCACCCGACUCUCCGCUGCCACAUGCUGUUCCCACGCCCGCCGCUGGGCACACACGAGAGCUUCUGGAGGCCUCGCUGCCAGCCCGGAGCCCACUGCCACCUUGGGCCCGCCACCACCAAGCGAGCCAGCCAGCGGGGAUCGCAGAGUCCUCGUCAGUUCUUCCUCCCACAAUGUAGGACCUUUCCUUUGCCUU